UCUGGUAGUGAACCUCGCACCGGCAGCGACUCGCGCAGUUGGAUUAUCUACGUGUUGGGCGGCUCUUACCCUGAGAAUCAUCCCAUUCUUACGACACCAAGUCUUUUCACGGAGAAUCCAACUUACGAAGACAUGAUGCUGCUUUCGGCUCUGCUCGGCCCAGCUAAAGCACCUGUCGCUACAGACGAGGACGUGGAGAACGCUGGCGGAGUGUACAAUAUUGAGGUGCCGUCUAUGUCUCGAGAUGCGACAAAGACCGCGCAUCUUGUGGCUGUCGCCGUCGAAGGUGAAGAUCGUGUUGAGCUGGAAGCAGAUCAGCGAUGUCUGGUCUGCUUGUGUGACUUCGAAGCCGAGGAGACAGGCCGCAAGCUGGUGAAAUGCAACCACUUGUUCCACAAGGACUGCAUAGACCAGUGGCUGACGACCGGGCGCAACUCAUGUCCGCUGUGUCGCGAGCAGGGCGUUGAUGAGAAGAAGUCAGAGGAAGACGCAGAAGAUUCAGAAGCCACCUUGGACGACAGCGAUGUGUUGCCGAGAGCCGGAGCGGAGACUGUUGAUGUGGACACCGCGAUUGCCGCCUCAUAGCGCGAGCGACAAAUUGACUUGACGCGUAGACAGCUUCUGCACCGUAUGCGAGCGCGCAUGAGUGGCUUGGGAUGAUGUCCGCUAUGGCUUCGAUCGACGUCCGAGCAACUAGCAUGUUUCGCAUCACGUCGACCUUCAGCGCCAUCAGCAAGCGGUCUUUUCAAGAAACGAGUGCAGCUGGAGCGCUCCAGAUGAGCUAGCGAGAGGCUUCAGGACGAUCGGACCAUGCAUGGCAGAUAAGCCACAGCACCAGAGAAGACGCAGGACAGACGAUUCCACCGACUGGAAUCACGAUAUCACGAAGGUGAAAAUGGCUCGCGAGGACGAGAGGAGUUUUAAUGCAUGAUUGAGAGUGCUAACAAAAGGGUGGCACGAAAUUGCGGACUGCAGAACAUACUCGACAGGCAGUUGGAGUUUUGGGGCCCGAAGGAUUGUUUCGUCUUGCGAUUGAUAGCGUGGCAGCAUAGCGGAUUGAAUCAAACAACGUUCAUGAUCA